AUGGAAUCACAGAAAAGUCAACAUGAACAACAGCCAUCGCCUGCUGCUGCAACCCCCUCCACCACUUCAUGUCGAAAGAAGAAGAGUGAACAAGCCAGUUUCUUGGAGGAUGUGAAGGAUCAUAUUGAUGAGUUUAUCCAUGCCUCUAUGGAUGAACACAAAACUUGCUUCAAGAAGACCAUGCAGAAGAUGUUUGCCAUGUCAAAGAUUGUCGCUGAGAGGAGUUCCGACACCAAGGAAGUUGAAAGUUCUCUGCCCCUUCAAACCACAGUGGCAAAAUAG